AUGAAGGUGAAUUGUUUUCUACCUUUGUUGCUGUCAGUCAGUUAUUGCACUUUAGCCGACGAUAGCGCGCUCACACUGAAGGCGGGGGAAAGUAUCUGCAAACUGUCGAAAAGGUUGAAGUCAGUGUUCAAGUAUGUAGACCGAAGAACGGAUAUUGCCUUGGAAAAGAUCUCCGAUCUUGAGGAUAUGUUGGAAGUGGUGAAGUUUAAGAUUGUGAAGGGAAGGUCGAAUAAUACGAAUAGAGAGUGCAAGGAUGUCUCCGAUUUUAUUAUGAGUAAAGCAACUUGGUUGAUAAGAAAAGGGAGGAAGGAGGUUGAUAGAUUGAAAUACGUGGGGCUUGCGGCAAUUGGAAAUGCGGGACUGGCGGCAGGGAGGUUAGAUGAGAUGGUCAAUGUGUGGAGGAGGGUGUACAGUGCCGGUACUGGAAACUUUUGCAUUGGGGAUGAAGGGAAUGAAACAAAGAGGACUGCACUUCCAGAUUGCUAUCUGACAGAUUCGGAGAGGGAUGACUUUACUGGGAUUGAUGAAGGGGACAGGUUAGAAGAUAUAAACAAUGUUACCGCUGAUGCCUUUAAUGAAUUAUUGGAGUUGCAUACAGAGGAUGAUUUGUGGAGUAGCCCAUUGACGAGUGGCAUGGACGGUAAGGACUGCCGUCUAACAAAUGCCAGGUCUGGCGGAGGUUACCUCGUCGGAGAGAGCCCAUCUGGUAAUUUGUUUUGGGGAGACGGGGUGCUUGGGGUGAAGAGGGGUAGCCGAGGGUAUGACGGAAGGACGUCGAAUGUAAGGAGCAAAUUACUCAUAAAUGAUGUAGUGUGGGAAGCAGACACUGUAGAGCAUACCCCUAUUAUAAGGAAUGUACACGAAGACUUGCAAAAUUUUUUUAUCGACGCAGAAAAAAUUGAUGAAUUGGUGGGGGAGACUGGGGAUAAGUGGAAUUGGGAGUUCUCUCAUGAAAUUGGAAGUCACAGUGGUCAUCCCUCAGAGUUUGAUGAUGAGGAGACUGACGAUGUAGCGGACAACACAUCGGCAGUGGAAGAGGCAGUAGGGAAGGCAUUUGUGGGGUUGGGAAAUAGGGAAGCGUUUCAGGAAGAGAUGGUGUUGGAAGAGAUGGCGUUGUGUGGAGAAUGUAAUAUUUACACUUAUUACCAGUUGUUUUUCUUAGUUUUCGUUCCUGUUUUUGUUUGA